AUGGCUAACCCCGUCCCGUCAGCCUGCUGCGUGGUGCUCGCCGCGGUGGUGGUGGUGUACGCCCAGAGACACAGCCAGCAGGAAACCCACAUCCAAUACGAGCGGGUAGGCGCGGAUGUCACCAUGAAGUGUGGCUCCAUGGACUGGGAUGCAGCUGUGACCUGGACGGCCAAUGGCACCGACAUCGAUGAGUCCCACCUGAAUGGGUCCUACCUGAUCCUGAAGAACGUCGACCUGACGCAGAGUGGCCAGUACUCCUGCUACGAGGGCUCCUCCUGGCACCUCAAAUACCAGACCUGCCUGAGGGUGGGAACCCCCCCGAAGGAGCCAGUGCUGAUGUGCCGGUCCAACAACUACCCAAAGGGUUUCUACUGCAGCUGGCACCUGCCCACUCCCACCUACAUCCCCAAUUCCUUCAACAUCUCCGUCAUACACGGCACGAGAGAGAUGGUCUGCGAGAAGGAUGUCUUUCCCAAAAACAGGUGUCACAUCAGAUACCUCCAGCUCUUCUCGACGGUGAAGUACAAGGUGACUCUGACAGUCACGAAUGCUCUGGGCAAAAACUCCACCACUCUCACCUUUGACGAAUUCGCCAUAGUAAAGCCGGACCCUCCAGAGAGCGUGGUGGCCAAACCUGUGACCAAUAACCCUCGGAGGCUGGAGGUAUCAUGGCAAAACCCCUCAUCCUGGCCCGACCCUGAGUCUUUUCCGCUCAAGUUCUUCCUGCGGUAUCGGCCCCUCAUCCUGGACCAGUGGCAACACGUUGAGCUGUCAGACGGGACAUCGCACACCAUCACGGAUGCCUAUGCUGGCAAGGAGUACAUCAUCCAAGUGGCGGCCAAAGACAACGACAUCGGCACGUGGAGUGACUGGAGCGUGGCCGUCCAUGCCACCCCUUGGACGGAGGAGCCCAAGCAUCUCACCACGGAGGCACAGGUCACAGAGACAACGAGCGCUAGCACCUCCUCUUUCAUGCCGCCCCCCACCACCAAGAUCUGCGACAAAGGGGCCGUGGUGGGCAGCGGGGCCGUGGCAGUGUGUUGGACAGCUGGACUGGUCUUGGCUGCCUAUGGAGUCCUCUUUAUUUAG